ACCUAAUUAUCCCUACUUUCAGCCAGAAGAGCAUUUGGUCAACAAUAAAAUUGUAUCGGUCUGAACUUCAUAUUAAAAACGUUUCCAAACUAGUGAAAAUGUGCGACUUUGAUGAUUAUAUUAAAUGCGGCGAAAUCUUGCUAUCACCCUCAAUACAUGACAAGGAUCAAUUUCUAUUAAAAUGCAGUGAUUGUGAGAAAUAUUAUUGUGAUUUGCAACUUUUCAUUCCUCACUGGCAAAGACAUUACAAUGAUAGCUAUGAAUCGGAUUUGGAAAUGGAUAUGGACGAAACGCAGGAAGAGGAGCUGCAGGAAGAAAAAAAGAUGAAACUGAAGACACUGACCAUCAAAACAGAAAUCAAACACGAAAAAGAAUCUGGCGUAGAUGAACUUGAGGACGUCAUAACAGAGCCAAGCGAACAGUACAUAAUUGAAUGUAAUAAUGAUUUAGAUCUUGAAGAUGAAAAACCUGAAUACACUGACCAAGAAAUACAUAUAUUCAUCGAGAGUGAUGGAAUUGAAAAUAUAUAUGCUGAAGAGGAGAAACCUGCAAUUUCGGAAGACGAAGCAGAAAAUGAAAACCAAGAAAACAACGAUGACGAUGAAGACAUUGAUGAAAACUAUGAAAACAGCAAUGAUGGUAAUAGUGAAGAGGCAUAUCACACUGACGACCAUGAUCGACAGGAUACUUCUUCCCCGGAAAACAAGGAUAAUAAAUUCAAAAUAAACUACAAAUCUUCUAGGGGAUAUAAAUUUAUACGUGAAUUUUUCAAUACUAAGAAAAAUGUUCUAACAUUCAUAGAUCUAUAUAAAAAUCAAAAAAAUCUUUGGGAAAUUGGAGUUAGUGCACAACUUACGACACAACAAAGAAUCAAACAUCUUGAAGAAAUCGCCAGGGAUUUUGAGAGUAAAAUUGCUUUGAAAUUAACAUUGGAUCAAAUACGCGAUAUUAUAGCGUACCUACGGUCAAAGCAUAGAAUUGCAGCAAUGAAUGCAAAUAAGGCAGAAUGGUACGUUCCGCAUUUGAGUUUUUUGAGAACGUCCAGUUAUAAUGCCACCAUCGAUAAACUGGGUCCCCACACUUUGAGAAGAUCGCAAAUUAUACAACUUCUGGCCAUAUAUAAACAAUUUCCGUUUUUGUGGAAUACAAAUUUAGUCGAAUACGUAUGUAACAACAAACGCGAUGAGGCCCUGCAACAAAUGCAGAAUGUAAUACAAACUAAAAUGAAAAUAACAACAGAAAUGAUCGAUGUGAAGAGAUAUGUUAAUGACAUAAACAUGUUUUGCAGUCGAGAAAAACGUAUGGAAAUGAAAAAUGUCGAUCCAGACAAAAUUUCCGAGUAUUAUGAUGAUAUGAAAUAUCUACGUGACCAUGUAUCACCAUUUGCAUGUGAUUUGUGUAACAAGAAAGUUGUGCAUCCUUUGAAGUUCAAAAUGCAUCUUAAUAGUCAUGACGGUGGUGUUGACAGUAUAGACUGUAAAAUUUGUGGAAAGGUCUAUAACACGUUGGAGCCCUAUAUACAGCACUGCAGGCGUCAUAUGGAUGACUUGCCGGUGGAAUGUACAGAAUGUGGCAAACGUUUCAUAAGAGAAGCUGAUAUGAGACUUCAUAUGCGUACUCAUACCGGAGUUAAACCAUAUUGCUGUGAAAUUUGCGGAACAUCAUUUCGGCAUAGUAAUGCCUUGUUGUUGCACACCAGACGUCACAAGAAAUUAUAUUGCUACAGUUGUUCCUUGUGCCCCAGACAAUUCUAUUCAAAGAACGAACUCACCAAUCAUAUGGAUAUCCAUGGAGAAGAGCGUAAACGUAUUUGCAAAAUAUGUGGCAAGGGAUUUAAGACAAAAAGUACAUUAAAAUCUCAUACAUUGACGCAUGAAACAGAGUUGAAGCAUCCAUGCGAAUUGUGUGGAAAAUUGUUUAAAAAUCGACUGGGUAUAUAUCAUCAUAUGAAAACUCAUCGCAGAAAGGAACCACAAGAUAACACUGCUGAAAUGCCGGAUUACGAUGAAUAUAUUAAAUGUGGUGAAGUCUUAUUAUCACCUUCACUAACCGACAAAGAUCAGUUUAUAUUGAAAUGCGGCGAUUGUGACCAAUAUUAUUGCGAUCUGCAACGUUUCAUUCCACACUGGCAAAGUCAUUAUGAAGUGGAAGAUUUUAAUGAAUCGGAAUUUGAGGUGGAGGAAAUUUACAAAGAAGAACAUGAUCCAGCAAAUGAGGAUGAACAAACAUUCCAUGAGUUAGAAAAAUCAAUCGCAAAUGAAGUCAUCAAGGAGGAAUUGGAGGAACCCAUUUCGAAAACUGAAGUAGAGUACCUAAUUGAAUGCCAAAACGAUGUGGACAUGGAAGAGGAAAGCACGCCUUACCUAGACGAUGUAGAGUUUUUUAUUGAGAGUAGUGAGUAUGAAGAUAGAAAACCCAAAGAUGAAAAAUCGGUCAUAGAAAAUGAUUCAGAAAGUGAAAAACUAGAAGAUACGGAUGAUUAUCGCGAUGAUAGUAACGAAAUUGACAGUGAUCAUUCUACUGAAGAAGAUGUUCAGCCUGAAUCAAAUCCCCUAGAGGAGGAAAACGAAGAUGAGGAAAGUACGGGUAAAAGGAAACGCAAUGCUGCAAGAGGAAAUAAAUUUAUACAUGGAUUUUUUAAUUCGAAAAGAAACGUCUCUACAUUUAUAGAAGCAUAUAAAAAACAAAAGAAUCUAUGGGAAAUUGGAGUUAGCAAUCAACUUUCGACACAACAAAGAAUAAAAUAUCUGGAAGAAAUUGCCAAAGAAGUUGAAGAGAAAGUUAAUGUGAAAUUAACCCUGGAUCAAAUACGUGAAACCAUUACCUAUUUACGUUCAAGACAAAGAAUUGCAUUGAAGAGAGCUGAUAAUCCAAAUAAACCUGAACCAGAAUGGUUUGUUGAGCAUUUAAAAUUUUUACCAUCCCCUUACUCGGCUACAAUCGAUGAACUGGGUUCCUACAUUCUGAAGAGGGCUCAAAUCAUACAAAUACUCCGAAUAUAUGAAAAACUUCCACAUCUGUGGAAUACCGAUUUAGUUGAAUACGUUUGCAACAAUAAACGUGAUGAGGCUUUGCAAGAAAUGCAGAGAGUCCUUCAAGCCAAGAUGAAAUUGAAAACGGAAAUAAGUGAUCUUCGGAGGUAUAUCCAUGAUAUAAACACGUUUUGUACGAAAACGAAAAUUUUGUCAAAGAAAAAAUCCAAGCACGAUAAGGUUUCCGAAUAUUAUUUUCACAUGCAAUAUCUAUGCGAUCACGUGGGACCCUUUGAGUGUGAACAGUGCCACAAAAAAUCUGGGUAUGCGAUAGCGUUCAAAAUCCAUAUAAACGGUCAUAACGGUGGAGAAGGUAUAGAAUGUAAAAUAUGUGGAAAGCCUUAUAACAAUGCGGAGGCCUAUAUACGACAUUGCAGGCGACACAUGGAUGAUUUAUCAGUGGAAUGUAAGGAAUGUGGUAAACGAUUUAUGAGAGAUGCUGAUUUGAGAGAGCAUAUGCGUAUCCAUACAGGCAUCAAACCGUAUUGCUGUGAAAUUUGUGGCGCAUCGUUUCGCCAUAACAAUGCCUUUGUCUUGCACACCAGGCGCCACAAUAAGGAAUAUUGCUACAGUUGCUCUGUAUGUCCGAGGCAAUUUUUUUCAAAGGAUGCACUCAACAACCACAUGGAUAUUCACAAAGAAGUGCGUGAUCGAAUAUGUAAAAUAUGUGGCAAAGGUUUUAAAACGAAAAGUACAUUAAAAGCUCAUACUAUGACACAUGAAACGGAACUUAAGCAUCCAUGUGAGCUGUGUGGCAAAUUGUUUAAAAAUCGCCUUGGUAUCUAUCAUCACAUGAAAACGCACAGAAGAAAGGAACCGCAAGAAAAUAUUGUCUAAGUGGAUGAGAAGGUUAUUUUGUGUUUUAAAUUAUCAUAUAGCGUUAAUAGAUUUUUGAUCUUUUUGCAAAAUUUGUUAUCAAUAACAAAAUUUAAUGCGAAUUUGAAACGUUUUUCAUAUUAUCAAUAAAACUACUUUCUGUAAGACAUUUUUGUUUGGAGUCGUGAAAAAUAUCAGAAUUAAUAUGGAAUAAUAUUAUUUCAAUGUUAGAUUUUGAUUUGAAUAAAUACGAGUCUAGUGUGAAAUUAUUAACUUCUUAGUAUUUUGAUGUAAAACUUCCCUGACAAAAGUCGGCAGGGGGAAGAAAAAUGUGGAAACAUACAUUUACUAAAACAAGAUCAGUGUUGUGUUAAGUCAGGUCCCAUUGUCUAUCUCUUCUGUUCGUCUCUUUUUCGAAGUGGGGUGCUGUAUUGUAUAUUAAAAUUUACUUCGCCAGCCGUCCAUUUUUGAAUGCAAAUAUAUAAAAAAGUUAAACUAUUUAUUAAUACAAAUCUUUUUAGUCGUAAACUACAUCCUUAAAUAAAAAUAUGCAACAAUAUUUUGAAAAAGUCGUCUUCGAAAA